AUGAUCCAACAAAUUUGGCUUAAAAAAUUAGGAUGUGAGCUUGGACUUUAUUUUAAUGGUCAUGAGAAGGAUGGCGUUGUAAAAAUUUCUAAAAUAAAUUGGAAUGAUAGUGGAAGCCAACCAAAGAUGAGAGAUACUGUAUUCGAUGAUUCUGAGCAAAAGAUGGUCCAUCCUGAUGGAAAGCAGAAAAACGUUUUUUGGCAUGUUCUGAGUGUAAAACAAGAAAAUCAAGAGAUCAAAAUAGAAAAUUAG